GCGGAACCUGAUCGAUUUCGAUCGAUUUCGAUGUUCCGUGACGUCAGUGACGUCCGUGACCGAUGUAUUGGUGUAUGGAGGGUAUGGAGCGCGUUGUAGGUGCUGGAGGCGUGUGUGUGUGGUCCCGCGUAGGUAGUUCGAUUUGGUUAGGUUAGUAACAGACGUGAGGAGAAAGGUUGUCUGUGAAGUUAACUGACUAUGUUGUUUAAAUAAAAAAAAUUUAAUUUAUGAGUGAUCUCUCCUAAAUAAUUUUUGUUCUGAUCCAGUUCAACAAGGUUGGCUGCGAGCAAGAUGUCAACUAUGUUGCGGUUGUUGUCAAGAAAACUGCGGUGUUUUCUUCCAUACUCAAAAGGGAUGUCAAGGAACUUAGCAACCUUAGGAGGUGGAGAAGUGUGGAGAAGCAGAGAAGAGCCACAGUCAGAAUUGACUGAAGAUAUUCAGAAGGCCAGGAUGAAAGAUAUGCCUGUAGAAGACAUGCAGAACCCAUUUGUAAGAGAGAAGACCCAGUGCAUUAUGUGCCGAUACAAGAUUGUGCCAGACUACAAGAAUGUGAAACUUCUCUCACAGUUUGUUUCACCAUACACAGGACGAGUAUACGGCCGACACAUCACUCGACUGUGUGCUACCCAGCAAGCUAGACUUGAGAAGGAGAUAAUGAAGUCACAGUCUGCAGACUGGCUCUCAGACCCAUCCAGCCUAUCAUAUAGGUAUUUUCAGUUCAUUGUUCAAGAAGUUAGUUCUGUCAAGAUGAACCAUCACACACUUUCCCAUAGAGAGUCAGUAGUCCUUGAAUCGUCACCACUGCGCAGGAAAUCCGUGUUAAACCUGUCCAACAGUGAUGCAAGUCUUAGACAGAAUGACGAUGAUGCAGAACGUAUGGAACGACGACGCAACGCUCAGAUUGAGUUACGUCAACGUGAUGUCACUCCUCCUGGAUCAAGUAAACGGAAAUCAGUAGGAGGGUCAGUUGCGGGACUGUCAGCAGCACAGUUAGCUGAACAUUAUGCUAACUGUAUUAAGCUCUCUGCUGAGAAUAAAAUCAAUGCAAGAAAUGCCUUUAGUUUACAGCUGAUUGACUACAUGGCAGUGAUGUUGAAGAAACAAGACACCAAAAUGGAUAACUUCCAGGUGGCGAGUUGUACCCUAGAUGCCAGCACCAAGAUAUAUGCUUAUCGAGUUGAUUGUGUGCACACGGAUGCUCUUAAGAUAGCUGGUGGUCUAACUGCAGGAUAUCGAAAGAAACAUACUGACACUGGAGGGGGAGAAGAGGGAGAAGAAGGGCAAGAUGGAAGUGGAGAGGAUGGUGAAACAGUCCGUACAAAGAAAAAAAAACGCAAGCACAAGAACACAGUUGUGACAAAUGUGGAGAUGCUGAAUGGGAAAAUAGAUGUGCAACCUGUCAUUGAUCCUGUUCUGCACUCUGCUGGUAAUAUGGGUGACUGCCAGCCUGGUGACUGUCACUUCCUGACAAGCCUUAAGAUUCUAGACAACUGUGCCUAUGCCUUAUGUUCUGAUCUGCCAUACUGGGGUAGCAAUGGAAAGACUACAAGUUCAGGGGAGUCCAAAGGGCAGCUGCCAUUUAUUCCAGAUGUAACGGACAAAGAGAUUUGUGCGGUGUUUGCACAGUUCUCUUUCACAAAGUGGUCUCUAGAUGCAGAAGAGGAAUCUAGUGAACCUGCUGCACCUUUUCUUCCUACUGAUGACGAUUUUGCAUUUGAUGUGAAUGCAGUUCCAGAACCUUUACCUACAGAAGAGAAUGAGGCUCCUAUUGAUCAUUUUGAAGUUUCUGGUAUAGAUGAAGGCAUGGAUUCAGAAGGUGAAGAUACAGGUGCACCCAUUGCAUGUCGCCCACUUCAGAGAACUGCUGCAAAAGUAGUAGACCUACGUAAACACCUUUCUACAGCACCGAGCGAGUAUUCAUACUUCAGAGCUGGUGCCCUUGAUUUGUGGGCUGGCCCCUCGCACUGGAAAUUCAGACCAUUUAAAGGUGUGGACAAGCGUCCGGACAGUGGUGCUUCUGCAGGUACAGCUGAAAACGGAUCAGAAGUGGCUGUAUCCCAUAAGAAACAAAAGCAAAAGCAGGAAUUGAUGGUUCAGUUUGUAAGAGGGCAGAACAGUGGCACAUUUACAGUGGAGAGAAAUAUUCAGGUGCUGAAGUUAACUAAGCGAACACUGCAGAAAGCUUGGAGUGUAGACCGAAAUACCCACCCACCUGAUGUACAUUUUGAUGUUAAAUCCUUCUCACAGUUGGUGCUGAGCAAGGCAGCCCAUGUGAAUGUACAUCCUGCCCCAUAUGAGGAUGAUGAGCCAUCUGGUUAUGAUUAUGAAAAUGAUAAUGAUGCAUCAGAGUACUGCCCUAAUGUUUCUUUAAAUGAUGAGUUGGGAGAUGCUGAUGAUGGUCCAGUUGAUGAUUUGUUGGCAAGCCAACAGCAGGAUGUACAUAACAGCUUCACCAUGGAAGGUUCUAGAAUUAUUGAGGCAUUUGCCGGAGGCAGUCUGGUGGCUCCUCCAAGCAAGGUAGCAAGAAUUUUCAUCCCAUAUGCAAUGAGAGCUAAGAAGGUGGACAUGAAGAAACUCAAGCAUGCUAUAUGGGGUAUUUUAACCAGUAGAGAGAGUUGUGAGGACAAGAAUUAUAAUGACAACCUGCGAAUUGAAAGGCCAGUUAGCUUCAUGAAUAUGUAUACUACACUACCAAAAAGACUGCCUUCAAAAUUAGCAGAGAAUUUAAGUGCACCCCUGGCAAUUGUUGCAUUACUGCAUCUUGCCAAUGAAAAGACACUUCACAUAGUGGGAAAUGAAGAUCUUAGUGACUUAACCAUUACACAAGGAUAAAGUGCAAUAACAUGUUGAGUGUGUGCCACUACCAUGUGAUGAUACACAUUUCAGCGUUCACUGAAGACUAAUGAGUAUAUGUCAGAUAGUGUUUCAUUCUUUUAUGAUAGCAGUAAUUAAUUACAUAAUUAUAUAUAUUUAGUAAAGUUUAAAACCAUUAACAGUAACCAAAUAACUCACUCCAUAAUCUUUGAAACGGUUGUUACUCAGCUAGUCUAGAAAUUCCCUGCUUUUAUGGAAACCAAGGUGUGUUACUGUACUCAAGAAAGUCCAGAAUUCAAUCCUGUCAUGAUCCAGUGAGUCCUAUCCAAACCUUCUGUUCCCAUUUAUGCCUUGAAACCUCAGUUUAUUCCCUCUGAAAUUUUCUAACCAGAAUUUGUAUGCAUUUCUCAUUUCUCCUGUGCAUUCAGAGCCCACAACAGCAGAGACACUGAGGUAGCUAAACACUAAACACUACUCCCCAUUUAAUGUCCUGAAAUAUGGCAUCCUGUUUUGCAUACGUUGAUACGUCAUAUGGAUUCCUUCAGCUUAUGACAAAGACAGAGCCCAGAAAUGUUAACAUGCUAUAACUGGGGGCAUUAAAAAGAAAAACAUUUUUCUGAGUCAAAUAUUUCCCUCAGUUUAGCAUUCAGAGCAAUAUCUGCUUUUAAUAGACUGAAGUGACAAUUUUUCUUUUGUGUAUUGACAAUAUGAUUCACACAUAGUUUACAUAUUACAGAACAAGUAUUAAUUCCCAUAUGAACUUCGCAUUUUCAUUGGUUGCAGUGACAACUGUAAAUAUUCAUUGGUGGAAUUUUGGAGUGAUUUAUAAAUUCCUUUAUUCAAAAUUGACUAUAACAAAUAUUCAUUCUAGUGUCAGUUUUUAGUGCUGUUAUGAUUUCUUCGUGGUAGGGUAGUUGGGUGAGGCACUAUGCUACAAGCUGGAAGGUUGCAGGAUGGAAUCCUGAUGUAAUUGGAUUUUU